CAGCAUUCUCUGCAGUGGAUAUGGCGUCACUGAAAAAGUGUAGGAGUCGAGAAACUUCACCCAUGUAAAUAACGUCAAUAAGAAAGCUAUGUGACAAGCUGCGAGGUAGCAAUACACAGUACAUAGCUUUAAGCGUUAAUAUUAUAUAUAUAUAUUUUUUAAAAACAUGCCCCGGAAAAAGCCAUUCAGCAACAAACAGAAGAAGAAACAGCUACAAGUCAAACGGGAGAGGAAGAGAGGUGACACAGGUUCUGGGCCAAGCAGCCGCAAUGCCAGCGUGGAGCGUGGAGGAGAGCGACAGUCGGACACCUCCGACAGUGAGACCACUGAUAUUAGGAGAAUAAAUCAGCAGCCCUUCAGCAGAGAAGGUAGAUAUGACCCCAACAGGUUCCGACUGCACUAUGAGAAAGAGAGUAAAGAAGAUGUUGAAAAGAGGAAGAAGGUGGCCAGGGAGAAGGUGCUGCAGCCCAUCUCAGACAAAGAACUUGAGAUCAACAUCCAUGACAUCUACCCCUCAGAGAAAGGUCUUGGUUUCCCACGACGGCCGUCCUGGAAUUAUGAGAUGACACGAGAGAACCUGUUGAGGAAAGAGGAGAAAUCGUACAGAGACUACCUGGAUGACCUACACUCCAGAAACCCACCUGGCUCUCUCAGCCACUUUGAGCACAAUUUGGAGACAUGGAGGCAGCUGUGGAGAGUAUUGGAGAUGUCAGAUGUCGUCUUGCUCAUCGUGGACAUCAGGCACCCAGUACUGCAGUUUCCUCCAUCCCUGUACCACUACAUCACAGGAGAUCUCCAGAAGCAGGUGGUCCUGGUUUUAAACAAGGUCGACCUUUGUCCUCCCCCACUGGUGAUCGCCUGGAAACACUACAUGACGUCCCAGUUCCCCCACCUGCAAAUAGUUUGCUUCACCUCCCACCCUGGGCAGCCCUACAGCACAGUGCUCCAGAAGAAGAGGAUGAGGAGGAAAGCUGGCUGGAGUCAGGCUGGAGGUCCUAUAGAUAUCCUGAAGGCCUGUCAGGAGAUCACAGCAGGGAGAGUUGACCUAUCCAGCUGGGAGCAGAAAAUUCAGAGAGAUGCUGUUGCUGAGCAACUAGAUGACGAGCGGCCGGAUGAAGGCGCAGAGUCUGUGCUGAUGGAGCAUCACAGUGACAGCGCUAUGGAGAUGAGCAGCCCCUCCCAGGAGCUCUAUAAAGACGGGGUCCUCACACUGGGCUGCAUAGGCUUUCCAAAUGUUGGUAAAUCAUCUGUGAUAAACAGCCUGGUGGGGAGGAAGGUGGUGAGCGUGUCUCGAACCCCAGGCCACACCAAAUAUUUCCAGACCUACUACCUCAGCCAGACGGUGAAACUAUGCGACUGCCCUGGACUGGUUUUCCCCUCGCGUGUUGAUAAACAGCUACAGAUUCUGGCAGGCAUCUACCCAGUGUCUCAGCUGCAGGAGCCUUACAGCUCAGUUGGUUAUCUUUGCGAAAGGGCCUCAAUUCUCUCUGUGCUGAAGCUCAAACAUCCCAGUUUGCUGGAGAACAACACCCACCAAGAAAACCAGGGGUCUGAAGAGCUUAACUGGACUGCCUGGGAUGUGUGUGAGGCAUGGGCAGAGAGGAGAGGCUAUAAGACGGCAAAAGCAGCUCGCAACGAUGUUUACCGAGCAGCUAACAGCCUCUUGCGGUUGGCAAUCGAUGGCAGAUUGUGCCUCUGCCUGAGACCACCUGGCUACAGCUGCCUGAGAGAGCAGUGGGAAAACCACCCGGACUUGCCGGAGAUUAUAGCUCUUCAAGGAAGGACGACAGAGGAAGAAGGAACAGGAGACAGGGACGAUGACGAGGACGGAGAGUCCAGCACCGAGCCAGAGGAAGAGAGAGACCGAGACGCAGACGACGAUGAGGAUGGGGACGAUGAAGAUGAAGGGUUUGGACAUCCAAGGCAGAAGGACAACAAACCAUCUGGCUUCACUGUCAACAUGUACAAUGUCCUUCGAGAAAAUGAAUGCGAGUAAUAACGAAGGGAAAGACGAGCAGGAAGUUCCUCUUCCCUGACUUUUCCCUGUUUAUCCCAGUGCACUUUCAUUCCUUUUUUCCCUAAAUCUGCAUUCCUUCUCUCUCUUUUUUUUUUUUGCACCUCCACUCCUCAUGUCAUUACAUGAUCUCUUCUGAUUCAUCGACCCUGUUUCCUCCUCCCUAUAAUAUACAGAGCGUAUUCAUGUACUCCAUGCCGUGCCUCUGCUCUGCUUGUUUAUCCUUGGAGCUUAUUCUUUAAUGUUGCUUCUAGGAAUGGUUUUGGUUUAGUUUGAUUUAAUAUUUCUUUUUUCAUUUCUUUUUUUGCAUGUAGUUCUCAAUGAAAAACGAACAAAGUAACUUCCCUCAGCCUGGAAUAAUCAACGAACUGGUUUUCAAUCUCUUCAUUGAUAUGUGACUUCAGCUGAAAUGCCAAAGUUCAGGAAAGGAUGAUAAAACAAAUCAGAAGCACUGUCGAUAUGAUGUCAUUCCCUGGAGCAGCCAUUUGGCUCUCAGAGCAGCUGGAGAUUUAAGAACACAACUCUAAAUCUUCUUUAUAGACCAUAGUCUGUCACAACUUGGGUUAAAGGGUGUGGGAUGGGAUAUGGAAGAUAUUUGACCAUGAAAGUGGAAUGGAUAAAACCAACAUUUUACUUACAGUUUUGCUGUUACUAUUCAUUUAUCUGAACUGGGUUUUCAUUUAGAUUAUCUGAGAGUGAUAUUUUAUUUGGUGUGGUUCUACACAGUCAACGGGAAAUUUAAAAAACAAUUCACAUGGGGGGAGGGAAGGGAUGUUGAAUCCUGUAUUGCUGGAUGAGGCUGUUUCAGGAAUUUAACCUGUAGUGUUUUAACUACUACAAAAAUUAUCCAUAGAUGCUGAUGGAGAGUUUCAGUAUUUAGUGCAGGAUUUUGGCUACACUCAGCAAGUUUAUAUACUAAUGGCAGUACAGUGGGUUUGAUCCAACAGACUGCUUUAAAAUAGAUCCACAUUUCGGGAAAUAUGCUUACUGCCACUUUUGUUUCUGUCUGGUGAAUAUGAAGUUGGAGACAGAAGACGAUUAGCUUGGCACAAAUACUGGAAACACGAGGGAAUUGUUUGGACAGGUUAUCUGUCAGUUGAAGUAACUGCCUAGACUCAUUUAGUUUUUUGUGCGGAUUAAAGGUUCAGUGUGAAGGAUUCGGAGUCAUCUAGUAGUGAGGUUGCAGAUUUAAAUACCCCUCACCUCACCCUCCCCUUCCAAGUGUUUAGGAGAGGCUGUGGUGAUUUUGAAAGCCCUAUCUAGAGCCAGUGUUUGAUUUGUCUGUUCUGGGCUAAUGUAAUAAUAUAGCAGACUGUGUGGAGUCUCAUUUUGAGAUAAUGAAAACACAGUGAUUCUUUAUUUCAGAUGUUUAUACAUACUUAUGAAUAUUACAUUACACUUCGGCUAUAUUCUGUCAAUAGAUCCUCCUAAAUCGUACACACUGGACCUUUUUAAAUGAGAUAUAAUGUGUUAAUUAGUGAACUUUAAAGGUACUGGGAGCAGGGUAUUGUUACAUCUGGACUGAACCUGGGUAGCAGUUUCCCCCUUUUUUCCAGUAUUUGUGCUCAGCUAAGCUAACCACCCGCUGGCCGAGGCUUCAUAUUUAUUACACAUGAGAGUGGUAUCAGUCUCUGAAUGAGUGUAUUUACCAAAUGUCGAUCUAUUCUUUUAACCACACAGAAAGAGAGACUGGCCAUCUUGGCUUCCAUCUCUGCAUCAUUAUAAAUAACAUUACACACUCCAGCUUUGCUCUGUUGUUGAUUUUAUGAACUGCGACUUCGACAUAGCGCUCAAUUUCAAAGUCAGGUCUUGUAAUGCUGUUAAGACACCUGCUGCAGACAAUUCUCAGUGCUUGUCAUCGCCAUUUUUUCAUCAAAGUUUCUGUUAAUAUUACAAAAAAAGAAAGAAAAAAAAAAAAGGGUCUCUCUUUCUCUGUGACGUGUGAUGGCCCCGCUCCAAUCCUGAGUGCUGUAUUAUCGCGUGCUGUUGUCUUACCUCAUUCAUGUGUUCACUGAGGGAACUCUACAGCACAGUGCUGUGUUACUGUGUAAUACAUCACACUGCAGCCACAUGCAGUCAUUUCUACCAUUGGUACAUUGUGAAGCAGUUACUCAACAAACACUACCAUGCUGUUAAACACACAACACAACUUUCAGUUAUGUUGAUGUGGAUUUUUUGUUCUUCUGGAAAUAUUUAAACUGACAGUGUCUGGAGAGUGUAGUGUGAAGGCUUGAGGUGUGUUCAGGCUAUUUGCUGCAUUCCUCAUUUCAUUCCUAGUAUGCCUAAUGAUGACUGGACUGCUUUCUGCAAUAAAAGAUAAUAAUACUCUAAA